AUGUCUUCUUGGACUAGGGUUGGACUCCUGGGCGAGGGAGGUUAUGGUAUUGUCUCCUUGGCAAAGGCAUCUUCUUCUUCAACCUCUGAUGUGGGUUUGGACCUGAAAUUGCCUCCCCUGUUCGCCGUGAAAUCUUCGGAAUUCUCCAUCUCGCAGCCAUUACAAGAGGAGAGGCUUGUGUUGAGCGAAUUGCAAGAUUGUCCCAACAUUAUUCAGUGUUACGGAUCUGACGUUACUGAAGAAGACGGCGUUAUUUUUUAUAAUGUGAUGCUUGAAUACGCAGCCGGUGGGAGUUUGUUGGAUCGUAUUUACCACUCUGCGGCUCCCUUGCUUGAGGAUGAAGUAAGGAAACGCACUAGAUCGAUUCUCAAGGGACUCAGUUAUAUUCACGGAAAAGGGUUUGCCCAUUGCGAUAUCAAGCCCAGCAAUAUCCUUUUGGUGGACGAUGGCGCCGGAUCCAAUGUCGCCAAAAUUGCUGAUUUCGGGCUCUCCAAAAGGGUUCAGAAGUUUAGGAAGAAACACUGGAGAAAGAACUCGAAGAUUGAUUGGAGAACCUGGAGGGGAACGGCGGCGUACAUGGCACCGGAAUCGAUUCUUCGGGAUGAGUAUGAUUUUGGAGUUGAUAUUUGGGGGCUUGGGUGUUCUGUUUUUGAGAUGCUUACCAAAAGAGUCCUCAGAAAUGUUUCCAACUCCAAAGUCAAAGAUAAAGCUGGGCUUCUAGUAAAGAUGGCAAACCAGAGAGUUGAAAUUCCUGAAGGGUUCUCUAAGGAAGCCAAAGAUUUUCUGGAGAAGUGUCUGAUUAACGAUCCAGUUCAGAGAUGGACAGCUAACAUGCUUUUGAAACACCCAUUUGUUUCUGGUUUUGAAGCAGUGGAUGAAGAAAUAAGUUUGAUUAGUACUUCUGAAUUCGAGCUUCCUGAGGAUGAAGAAGACCUCGAGUGGCUGAUGAAACCAAUGCUGUUAAUAAAUCCUUCUGCGGCUCAACAAAAACGGAAGAGGUUUCUAUCAGAUGACUCUGUUUCAGAGAGUUCUUCCAAGAGGCCAAAAAGAUUGGUUCUUGAUCGAGUUAUCAAGCCAUUAGGCUGGGGAGUUUUGCAGCCCUGUUGUUGAAAAGCUUGAAUGAAAGAGGACCAUAAUAUAUAUUAGAAAAGUUCUUAACUUCUUGAAUUCUGGAGGGAGACAAAAUUGUUUAUUUAUGGAAAUUGUUCUUCACAUUUCUUAGAAUUUGAUGCACAAGAAAGUAGAAACAAUUUUCAGGUACUAAUUUUGUAUAUGUGUUGAGGUUGUCAUUCUUUAGAUCACCCAAAGGUGAUGAUCAACUGUAUAAAGAAGUUAUGUGUAUCUUGAAUUUGAUUUAUUGGAGUUAGCCAUGUUGAUUUUCACUUCAAUUUUACUGCUUUUUCUUUGUUUU